GGCCGACGUGUUUCUCAAAGCAGCCAACAGCAGAGUCUGGUUUUAGGAGAAGGAAAAAGCAAUGGCAACAUUUUCAACGUGCGCGCACUGCUGGGCACGUGCGCGCUCCCGCUGCGUAGCGACAAGAUGGCGGUCGCCACUGGAUCAGGCGUUAAAGUUCCCCGCAAUUUCCGACUUUUGGAGGAGCUGGAAGAGGGCCAGAAAGGUGUGGGAGAUGGUACGGUGAGCUGGGGUCUGGAGGAUGACGAGGACAUGACCUUAACACGGUGGAGAGGAGUGAUCCUUGGCCCUCCAAGGACGAGUUAUGAAAACAGGAUGUACAACCUGAAGGUUGAAUGUGGGCCAGGUUACCCAGACUCACCGCCGUUUGUCAGAUUUGUGACCAAGAUAAACUUGAAUGGCGUGCACACUUCCAACGGUGUGGUUGACAUGCACGCCGUGACUCCGCUGGCCAAGUGGCAGAACUCCUACAGCAUCCGCAUGGUGCUGCUGGAGCUGCGACGGCUCAUGAUGUGCAAGGAAAACAUGAAGCUUCCUCAGCCGCCCGAGGGCCAGAUCUACACCAACUGAGCUUAUGCUGCUGCUCCUGUCAUGUUUCUCGCCUUCUUCCCCCGACUUUCUCGCUGUUUAGUUUUAAUCCCUUAAUUCAUAUGCCUGCCAUGAGACAUUCCACCCACCACCUACAAACAUACAAAUGCAGCAGAAGACUGAAAAGUACCAGAGCAGAGACAUUAAUAGCCAUUCAGAUACCUAAAUCCUGUUCAUUAGUCAUUUCAGGCCCUGGACCAUCUGUUCAGGCUGUUCCAUCAUUAGAGCUCCAGAUAUCAUUCAAAUACUGUACAUCUUACAAAUAUUUCUCGAUUAUUAAUGUUAAAAUGCUGAUUGUAUAAUAACAAACUUAUUGAGUGUUUCUCUUUGUGUGCUGCCUUUUGUAUCAUAGGAAAUGGCCGCUUAACAUGCAUUACCAUACUAAACGUGGCUUGGAGAUGAUCCUCAGUUAAGAUGUACAUAGGAACCCCAUUUUUAUUUGAUUUUUAAAUUGUUUUUUAUUUCACGUGGCAAUAAGAAUGUCUGCUCAGAUAAAUCUAGAUGUGUUACUGUGGGCUUGCAAAAAUGUAUUUGUACAGGUGCUCUUGUAAAUACAUAAUGUUUAGAAUCGUAAACAUUGUGUAUUUAUAUAAAAUAUAUCCUAAGAUGCAUUGAAUGCAAAUAGACCUGCAGUUAUAUCAUGCUUAAAAGAAAAGUGAAAUUAGCUACCUCCUUUGGCCCAACUCGAUGUGAUGUACUUGCGUAUUGUGCUCCUCUCUCCAUCUCCCUCAUAAAUCUCUAUUCAUGCA